CGCCCAUCGGGGGCGCGUCUCUUUCAGCAGCCAAUGGGCUCUGCCCACCUUCGUCCUCGUCAGCAUUUUGUCUAAUCGCGGCCUGUGACGCUCGAAGGGCGGGGAGCAGAGGGAGAUACAGAAACCGACAGGGGCCAGGCGCCCGGUGGCUCCGAAGCGGGGAAGUGGGACAAGAUGGUUUACAUCUCGAACGGACAAGUGUUGGACAGCCGGAGUCAGUCUCCAUGGAGAUUAUCUUUGAUAACAGAUUUCUUCUGGGGAAUAGCUGAGUUUGUGGUUUUGUUUUUCAAAACUCUGCUUCAGCAAGAUGUGAAAAAAAGAAGAAGCUAUGGAAACUCGUCUGAUUCCAGAUACGAUGAUGGAAGAGGGCCACCGGGAAACCCUCCCCGAAGAAUGGGUAGAAUCAAUCAUCUGCGUGGCCCUAGUCCCCCUCCAAUGGCUGGUGGAUGAGGAAGGUAAAUGUCUGCUCUAAGAAGCAGACAACCGGACAUGCGCAUUCAUAGCAGAAGGAAACCAUCAAGAAGUGGAAGGCUGACCAUGAUGAGCAGUAGAUGAAUGUGUAUGUCUAAACAAGGACUGCUCUGUGUCCUCACAGAUGAAUGAGGUCAUGCUGGGAAUUCCCUCUGCAGGGAACUGGCCUGACUGACAUGCAGUUCCAUAAAUGCAGAUGUUUGUCUCAUUACCUUUUUGUAUAGUUUAUUAAAGUAUUAAUAUAGUUUUAAUAAGUAAAUAUUUUUAGGUUGCAGAAUGGACUCCUCAUCUUUAUAUUCACGAAAAAGCAAUCUGAA